AUGUGUGUAAGUGAACAACAAUUAUUUGCAAAGAAAAGAAGCUUCAAAAUAACAUUGUUAUGCAAGCUAAUGAUAAGUCAAAGAAGGUUGCCUGAUAAAGCUUUUGACAAACCUAAUUCACUUAAUUUUGAAAAUUUCUUCUUCGUUAGAAACGGUCGCUUAGUAACUCGUAAAGAUUUUUCUCAUUUAUUCAGUUUCGAAACUACAAAAAGAUUUUCUAUAAUCAAUAAAGAACUUUGUGAAAAUUUAAUUCAUUGCGAAACCCAAAACCAAAUUUAUGUUCAUUGUUCCCACAUCGCACCUGCUGAAAAUUGCAAAAAAUUGUUCUUAAGAGAAAGAAUGGAAGAAUACGAAGUUGAGCAUAGUGAAUAUAUAGCUUGA